GCCCGCGGCGUGCGCGGCGGGGGCGGGAGCGCGGGUUCGGCGCGUGCGCAGCGAGAGCCCUCCCGGCACCCUCCAGCGCAAGAUGGCGCCGGGCGGGUCUGUGCCGCUGGCCGUCUGAAGGAACGCCGCGUGUCUGUGUCUGUGUCCGCCGCCGUGUUGCAGCUCCGCGGGAAAGUAGAGGCUGAGCCGCGGCGAGUGCGAUGGCCGCUGUGGUGGCCAAGCGGGAAGGGCCGCCGUUCAUCAGCGAGGCAGCUGUGCGGGGCAACGCCGCCGUCCUCGAUUACUGCCGCACCUCGGUGUCCGCGCUGUCGGGGGCCACGGCCGGCAUCCUCGGCCUCACCGGCCUUUACGGCUUCAUCUUCUACCUGCUCGCCUCCGUCCUGCUCUCCCUGCUCCUGAUCCUCAAGGCGGGAAGGCGGUGGAACAAGUACUUUAAGUCACGCAGACCUCUCUUCACCGGCGGCCUGGUCGGCGGCCUCUUCACCUACGUCCUGUUCUGGACGUUCCUCUACGGCAUGGUGCACGUCUACUGAACCAGACUGGGAGGACUGCGUCAGAGAUUAACACCGUGUAGACUUAGUUUUUAAAUUGUUGAAUUCGCUGCUUGUUCUGUAACCUGAUAAUUUAUAUCUGAAGACGAAGAGCCUGUACCAUUCUUCAGAUUAAAUGAAGCGUGAGACACUUCGUGGAGUCUUUUCCUACCUUAACUCAUAGCCCAUGUCUGCCGUGGGUGCAGAAUCGCCAGGGUUUGGCUCCUAGAGAGCUGGGUCUGGGUCUCAGCCUUCUGUAAUUUCCUUGCAUUUAUACAUAGGCCAUCCAGAGAGACUACUAGGGCCUAAGUAAAGAGGGACUUACUGUUAGCAGCGUUUCCCACAUGCCAAAACAUGGUGCCUUGUACCCUGUACACCCGUUGUCUCAUUUCAUUCUAGCAAUAUCCUUGUGGGGUAGAUAGAAUUAGUAUCCCUCGUUGAUGAUUCUGAGGCUCAGGUUACACGGACCUCUGCCACAGAGAGGCACAGCUAGAAAGAGGCAGCCAAGUUCCAGAUACAGGUCUUUUAAUUGCUCUUGCUGCACUGGCUGAGUGUACCGUUUUUCAGACCCCAGACGUCCCUCUCUGUACCCACUGCUUUCAGGCAUGAGUCGUGCCAUUUCAGUUCCAUUUCAUCUAGCAACAGCUAGCUGUCAUUUCCUUUUUAAACAACUUCAAGCUCUUUUCUAGAAUAUGUCUAAUGGAGAUUAAAUAGACGACAUUUAAGCUAAAGUUUGGGCUUGUUUAGAAUGUAAUGCUUUUGUCUGUGUGCUAACCCAUGAUCCCUUCUUGUCAAGGGGGUAUCUUAGAAUAAAGUGCAUACCUUUGAAAGAUAA